AUGAAGGCCAUCCUCUCCCUCUCCCUCUUCCUAACUGGCUCCCUGGCUGCGAGCGUCCAAAUCAGCGACCUCUGGGCCAAUACCUCCAAACGCAGCAACGGCGCCAGCAUGCAUUUCACCCUGACCGAUCCCAACUAUCCAGCAGAUACUCCAACCGAAUGCAACCUGAUCUGGGGCUAUGGAUCCAACCCCAAAGAAAACGCGCGCUGCAACAACGGACAGUAUUAUAUCCGCUUUCCGCAGGGGAUCCAAGAUAUCGGACACUUUACCCUGGAACUGGAACGCGUGGAUGGCCCUAUUGCUGAGAAAGGCCAGGUCCUGUUGAGUGACAAUGCGAAUGGAGAUGCGCCGGGGACGAAGUGGAUCUGUCAGCAGGAGCCUCAGCCUGGGGUGACGGAGCGGUGUGCUUAUGAGGGAGUUUUGGAGGUUCAGGUCUAA